GCCGCCGCGUUGGGCGGGGCUGGGCCGUGUGUGUCGCGGCUUCCCCUGCCCCAGCCAGGGCUCUGUGCGGAGCCUGAGCGAAGCGCUUGGGCGGCAGCGGCCAGGAAAGAGCGAUGUGAUGUGGAGGCAGAGCUUCGGAGACCGCGGUAGUGGGGGCGUCCUCCUGGUGUUGUCCUGGGGCGGCUCAGGCGGGAUAUGGCGAAUGUCAAAGUGGCUGUCCGGGUCCGGCCUCUCAGCAAAAGAGAGCAUGCAGAAGGAGGAAGGAUAAUUGUAGAAGUUGAAGAUAAAACGGCUAAAGUUAGACACACAAAGGUAGAUAACAGGUAUGAAGGUCUUUGGGACACCAGGGAGAAAGUUAUGGCAUUUGGCUUUGAUUAUUGUUAUUGGUCAGUUGAUCCUGAGGACACAAAAUAUGCAUCACAGGAAGUGGUUUUCCAGGACCUUGGUACUUCAGUAUUAUCUGGUGCUUUUAAAGGAUACAACAUUUGUCUUUUUGCAUAUGGGCAGACAGGUUCUGGAAAAACAUACACUAUGAUGGGAACUCCAGCAUCAAUUGGAUUAACACCUCGUAUAUGUAAGGGUCUGUUUUCAAGGGAUGAUGAUUAUUCAAAACAGCCAGCAUCAUGCAGAGUGGAAGUCAGUUUCCUAGAAAUCUAUAAUGAGCGAGUCCGGGAUUUGUUAAGGCUGUCCAAUAAUAAAAAGCCAUAUACGCUUCGUGUCCGUGAGCACCCUGAAACAGGGCCAUAUGUACAAGGCCUGUCUCAGCAUGUGGUUACAGACUACAAACAAGUAGUUGGACUUUUGGAAGAAGGAAUUGCAAACAGAAUUACAGCAGCUACACAUGUUCAUGAUGCCAGCAGCAGAUCUCAUGCUAUCUUCACCAUCCAGUAUACUCAAGCUAUACUAGAGAACAACCUGCCCUCUGAAAUUGCAAGCAAGAUCAACUUAGUGGACCUUGCAGGCAGUGAAAGAGCUGAUCCCAGUUACUGCAAAGAUCGGAUUACAGAAGGUGCCAACAUUAACAAAUCAUUGGUCACUCUUGGAAUUGUCAUCUCUGCAUUAGCACAAAACUCCCAGAUGUUCAGUAGCUGCCAGAGCAUAAACAGCAUAGCUAGUGAAGUGGACAGCAACCACACAGACACUCACUGUGGAGCCAGUGUCGGCAACCACAGACGCCAAGCUUACAUUCCAUACCGUGACUCCAUCCUCACUUGGCUUCUGAAAGAUAGUCUGGGUGGCAAUUCCAAGACCAUUAUGAUUGCAACUAUCUCUCCUGCAAGUUCUUGUUACAAUGAGACCAUUAGUACUUUGCGAUAUGCUUCAAAUGCCAAAAACAUUAUUAACAAACCCCGGGUGAAUGAGGAUGCAAAUGUGAAACUGAUUAGAGAACUGCGAGAAGAAAUCGAUAGAUUGAAGACCAUGCUGAUGAGCUUUGAGCUGAGAAAUUCUAGUCCUUCUUGGAGUGAUGAUAAAGAUGGGAAUCUGACAGAAUUAGUUCUUCAGAAUGAACUUAAGAUUGAGCAACUGACCAAAGACUGGACCAAUAAGUGGACUAACAGGAAAGCUAUCAUGGAAGAAUACAGUGUGGAUAUCAACAAGAAAAAGUCUGGAGUGAUGAUAGACUCCAAUUUACCUCAUCUAAUGGCCAUGGAUGAUGACAUCCUUAGUACUGGAGUCGUGCUCUAUCAUCUCAGGGAAGGAUCAACCAAAAUUGGAAGAAGUGAUUCAAAACAAGAGCAGGAUAUUGUUUUGCAGGGUCAAUGGAUUGAAAGGGACCAUUGCGUUAUAGACAACCAGCAUGGAAUUGUGACUCUGCGGCCUCUUCAGGGAGCACGUUGCAUUGUGAAUGGUUAUGAAGUCACAGAUACUUUCCGCUUAUCACAGGGAGCCCUUGUUGUUCUUGGCAAAGCUCACAAGUUCAGGUUCAACCACCCAGCUGAGGCUGCUGUUUUAAGACAGAGACGAUCAAUCAGUGAGACUUCUUCUCUUAUGAGCUGCAGAUCUCUCGAAUGGCUAGAUUUGGAUGGAGACUUUACCCCCUUCUUUUCUCAUAGCAUUUAUCCAGCUGAAGCAGAAAGCAGAGAACAGGAAAAUGCAGUGAAUGAAGAAUGCCAGCCAGUUUUCCACAGUAGGAAAAUUCAACAGCAACAACUCUAUGUUGAAGAAUUACAGCAGCAGAUCCUGGAUGGGCAGAUUCAAGCUGAACAAGAACUAGAACAUGAUGAGGCAGCAAUCAAUCAGCAGAUCAGAGAAAACCAGCAGUGGCUGAUUAAUGAAGAGAAACAAUUGGCUGUCCAGCAGCAGCGGGAAACUGCUGUACAGACGGAUGUCAAAUCCUAUGCAGAAGCUGGAGUUCAACAUAUACUGGAAUCUAAGACUGGCCCAUCUCUCACAGAGCAGAACAAGAAGAAACUGGUACAGCUAGAACUUUUACGAAAAUAUUCCUUGAAGAAAGCGGAAAAAAAUUUAAGGAAGAAGAAGGUCAAACUGCAUUUGGAGAGGAUUGUGAAGAAGCAGAAAUUGCUUGAGGCCAAGAAAAAUCUGGAACAAUUAGAAGCUAGUUGCUGGAUCAGUGAGGAUAAUGGGAAAUGUUCCCAGUCUCUGAACCAAGAUACUAUAGUAACAUCCUGGGACUGCAAGUAUCCAAGGAUCAGAUCAGGAUCAGGUUUGGACUCCUUACAACGCAGAAGAAACUCCUUUUUAAAUCUUUGCCUGCCACAUGUCCCCAGUUGCAGUCUUUUUGUGAAGAAGGAUCCCUCCUCUGAAUUAUCUACCUCAGCACACAGCUGCUCGAACGUCAAUCCACCAAGGAAAUCACUGUCUGUAGAGUAUCUUCCCAGAACAGUUAAAGAACAGUCUAGAAGAGAUAAUGUCCAUAAUGAAAGAGAUGCCUCCUUCCUUACUCAAAGGCAGCUAACUGAAAAACAACCGUCAUAUUUGGGAAAUAAAGGAGAAGGAGACAAUAAUAAUACAGGGGUCAUUUCUCAUAUCUGUAAAGAUAACAACAAAAUGGAAAAAUUAGAUAGAACAAGGCAAACUAGAUCUAAAACCCAAAAUUCUAAGAGUUGCUCUCCUGACCACUUUAAGAAAAAGAAUGGAACUGAAAUAGGGAAACAAGUGACCAAAGGAAAAAUAUUAGGAGAUUCAAGUCAGCAUACAGGAAAGCACUUAGAAAAGAAUGAAUCUCAGGAAGUUAGUAGAAAGGUUAGAACAGAUUUUAAACCCCCUCGCCAAGGUUCACUUCCAGGAAGUUCUAUUAAGAAACUAAAAAAACCAGCAGUAUGUGGUAAAGCGUCAACACAACAUCUAAGCCAAACUGCAAAGAACGUGAAAAGAAAUUCAAAGGACAAGCAAUCUGAAGAACAGCACGAACUCAUAAAGACAGCAACCUUAGUAGGAAGUCUUAACAAUAUAAAUACCCACAAACCACUCUGUCAUGGUGAAAAAAGAUGGCACAGUGCUGAAGUGUUGAGUACUGGAAUUGCAAAAGCAGCCCCUGAUCCACUGAGGGGCUGGCAAGAAGAUGAAGAUAUAGAAUUUUCUGAUACAGAUAGUACCUAUUCAGUGGAUUCUCUUUCCUGUGUUUAUGCAAAUGUCCCCAAAGAGCAACUGAAGGAUGAGGAGUCAGCUGGAAUUGAGGACACUGUUGAUCCAGAAGGUUCUGAAAGUGAUGACAGCCAGAUGUCCCAAGAUUCUCUUACAGAAAAAGUAAACAAUAUUGAAAGCCAAGAUGAAAAGCAUUUUUCUGAGGUCCAUCAGGAGCUUGUUAAGUUUUGCAAAGAUGACAGCUAUCAGCCUCUCUCACUGUUGGGAACCAUGUGUGCAUCAGGCAAUAAUCUGACUGAGAGAAGCUUUUCUCUCGAUAGUCUAGGUGAUGUUGAUGAAGUGUCAGGAGAAGACUUGGCAGAGGAAUCUAAAUUAGAAUCUCUUGAUGAAGUGCCUGCAGAGGUCUUUUGGAGGCUGCAAAAUUCAAAGACAGAAUUCAUAAAGAGCAACAAACAGCAUAAUCCUGAAGAAACUAUAAGAAGAUCUGAUGACUUUAAUCUAAAUGCUAGUUGUUUUUAUCUAGAUGACAGUACACAGUCUAGUUGCAGUAGCAUUUAUGGUCAAUCAGUAAAGGAAAUGAAAAUUAGUUUUGUAGAACAAGGAGAGUCUCUAAAUCAAAGACCACACAUUUCAGAUGAAAAUCUUCCAAUUUUGUCAGAUGCUUGGUUAUCCUAUGACUUGAAAAAUGGAAAGAGCAACCCCAUCAUAGCAAUGCCUUCUUCCCAAGAUCAAUUAGAAUUUCGGGUUGCUGAGCUACAUCCUGUUAACAAAUCAAAUUUUUGGAUAAAGAAAGAUGACCUAAGGCAAUCAGCUGCUGAAUUAUCUUUUGUCUCUUAUUCUAAGCAGCCUCAUCGGACUUCUUGUGAGCCUAAUAAGAUUGAAAUGCUAUUUGCAUCUGCAGCACCAUCAGUACCGUUACCAGAAACAAGGAAGCAUCUUGAUACAGAUGUUCCAGGAACCACGUUGUCAUUUUCUGAUUCAACUACAAGCAUUUCGUUUGGUCAUGUUUCUACAUUUUCUGUAAAACAGGAUUACUGUGAGGUUGCCACACCACCUAAGCCUCCUGCCCAGGAACCUGAUAAAUUUUCUGAGGGGAGAUCUACUAAUGAGUGGAGGCAAAGUUCUAGCUGUUUGGAAGAAGCCUCAGGGACAGAUAAUUUCUCCCAAGAAAAACAAGACCUGUCUGUUUCUUCAGUUUAUCCUGAGAUAUCCAAGGAUCAGAGUUUUAAAAUAACCUCAGUAAUGUCUGCACCACGUACUCACCCUUUCCAGAAAGGAGAAACAUAUGUAAAUACUAAUUUUGAAGACUGUCUCUUUAGAACAAUUGAAAAGGGAGACAUUGACAAUGACUCUGAUAGCAGCAUAAAGGAUUCAAACUUUGAAGAUAAACAUACCUCCAUGUUAUCCAAUGAAUCAUCUGGCCUGCCUUCAGUGUGUACAACACAAGAAAAAUAUGAAGACCAUGAACAUUUGUUUUCAAAAGAGGGAACAUCAUUAUUAAGUGAUGAAAGCUUCCAUCUCUGUGACGUAUCAAGCAAGACUAAAAAUCUUGUUUAUGUUAAGGAAGAAAAGUGUUUGGGUGAUAAAAUACAUUUACUGAAACAUAGCAGACUUAAUGUUGACAUUGGGCAGAAAAUAAAAUACCAACAUUUGUCUGCAGAAGAAAUUGCCAUAGACAGAGAUGAUUCUUCUGAAAGUAAAUCACAUCCAACUAAGAUGAUUGCUUUUUGCCACAGUGGUCAAUUUGCUCUACCAAUACAAACCUCUGAGGAGACAGAGACAGUCAGUAUGCAAGAAAAUAGAGAUGUCUUAACAGAAUCUACUUUAGAGGUUCCUUCAUUAAGAGAGGAGGAAGAAAAUAAACCUCAAGAUGAAGAAUGGUGUUCAGAAAAUCAUUUUGAAUUUCAGACUAAAGCCUUAAUGAGUGAUUCCCAUUCAGGUUUAAAAUUGGACUAUCCUGAAAAUUACUUAAGCCAAGAAAUUUUGUUGACUUUGGAUGCUGAAAAUGUGAUGGGGCAGAGCAGUGAAGGGAAAUAUUAUAACAUGAUUUCUUUCUCCAGCCAGGAAACACCUUUGCUCGCUUGUAUGAAUUUGGUGAUGGACAAAUCAAUAUGUCCUAAUGUGAACAUAAAUGAGGAAAACACUGAACCGUCCAUUGGUUCUUGUGACCUUGACAAUAAAUCAGUUUCACAGACUGACCCAAAUAUGUAUUAUCAAGACACGACCAGAGUGGAAAAACACACUGAAAAACUUCAGGAUUGCAUGAUAGUUAAGGAUGUUUGUGAGACCAGAUCUUGUUACAUGGACAAUAAUUUAAAAGAGAGCUGUUCUUCUGUAACUAAUUCUGGCUGUGUUAGUACUACUGAUCAGAAACACACAACACACAAGGAGGUUAAUGAUUCUCUUAUUUUUGACUCCACUGUUCACUCUGGCAGAACCAGAGCUCAACAUAUAUCUUUACCUGCCUCCAGAGAAGAGAAAGAAGCUCCAAAUUUGUGUAUGGUCCUUAAUAAAAAUGAUUGCUCAGGAGUGGAAUUGAAUUCUGGUUGUAUCAGAAAUCACACUGAAAAGGUCACGGCAAGUGGGGUUGUAUCAGCCAUAGCUUCCCAAGAGCAGAGCCCCUGUGUAAAUAAAGAAUCUGAAUAUUUAGAAGAAAGAAUUGUCACUGGAGCUGUAACUACUUCUGAAGAUAAUAAAGAUGAAUAUAACAGUAAGACAAUAAACUCUGAAGAAUUAACUAAAUUAAUAAAUAGUGUCAACAAGUUAGAAAAUGACAUUUUAGAAAUGAAAUCUAGUCCGAGUAAAAGUUCACAAAAUUAUCUUCGAGAUGAAGCUCAGAAUAAAACUGCAUUGAGUAAGAGCAACUCUGAAAGUUAUAGUGUGAUUCAGAGGCCCAGCAAUGAUGAUGAGGAAUGUUUUAAGAAGCUGCUUAUUACAGUAACACACCAAGAAAGAGAUAAAGAGAAGAUCCAGUUGAAAGAUGUGAGGAAAGAAGGACUGCAUUCAUCAAAAUCAGCAAUGAGCCAUGAUAGUAUUAUUCAGACAAAUAAUGUUAAUGAAAAUAACGUUCAAGGAAAUACAAAAGAAAGCAAUUAUCCCACAGAUAUAGAAGAAAGCAAAGUACAAAAUGAUGCAAGAGAAAAGGAAGAAUUUGUAAAUACCAAGUCAGAUGGACGACACACUGAUGAAAACAUUAUAUUGCUACAAGAUAAUCCAGCUCAUGAUAUCAUGCAUUAUGACAGCAACAAUCAUGGUACAAAUAUAGAUAGUGAGAUAACAGAAACAUAUUUCAUUGCUUCUGAAUUGGAAAAACAAGAAAAUGUGCUUCAGUUAUCAGAAACAUGUCUUGAUACAGAUGAGACACAUGAAGAGAGACAUUCAGUAGAUAUUUGUAGUUGCACAAGAGUCAUUAAUAGAGCACUAAAAGACAACAGUACUGAUGUUUCUUCAGGUGACAAUGAACUUAUAACUGACCAAUGUGGGGUUAGUGAAGAGUUAAGACAAGACAACAAUGUUGAACAUAUUAAUGCAUCAAAAUGUCUUCCUUCAAGUUUUUCUGAUAACAGCAUCUCAGAACAUUGUGAUGUAAAUCUUGUUGGAAACAGGCCUGAUGUUUAUAAAUGUGUCUCAAUUCACAGCCUAUCUGAGGAAAAAGAGGAAGUAAAUCAGAUAACUCCAAUCCCACUGGCUACAACUGAAGUACUGACCAAAAGUACUAAUACACAAAACAUGUAUGUUUUAAAAACUGAAAAUGAAGGAAGGAAUUUUGAAGAGAACAGUGAAUGCCCAGAACUGGGUGGUUCACAAAAUCAAGCUGAAUCUCUACCAGAGGAAAAAUGUAGUUACUGGGUCUCAAAUAAUGACACCCUUCUAAGUGAAGUAUCAGAAGAAAGUGAAUGGCUACCUCACAUUUUUUCAAGGACUAUCGCUAAUAUUGUUAAUGAUUCAAUAACUGUUAACCAAAAAGAUCUACAAGAGAGUAGAAAACCAAACCAAAACUAUGGAAUAACUUCUGUUGCUGUUAAGGACUUUCCCCAUCAGCCUGCAUAUAGUCCUUUGUUGUCUGGAAUAAACAGAAGUGGAGAAAGUAUGAAGAGUGACCCUACAGUAGCAAGCAAUGCCAUUAAGUAUGCAGUGCCAUUAAGUAAAAGUAUUAGUGAUGGAGUAGUUCUUCAGUACUAUGAAACGCAAAUGGACAGUGAUUUGAAGGCUGAAAUACUGUAUACCUUUAACGAAGGGAGCAAAAAUGAGUUGAUUUCUGAUGUCAUGCAAAAUAAAUAUAUUACCUUUGCGCCUGAUGUACAACAGCAGGAUGGAGAGGUGAAAGGUGACUUCAUAUUCCAAAAAACAUCUGAUUAUAUGUCAUCUGAGAAGAUUCCUAGCGAGGAUAACUCACAUUCAAAAUCAUGUAUUGCAGAAUGCUACGGAUUGCCGGCUUUUCUUUCUGUUAAUGACACACAAAACAAAGUAAUUCCUCUCCAAAAGUUGUUUUCUUCUGAAAAUACAAGUCAAAGUAUGGGUGGUUCUCAUGGUGAAUACUGUCCAAGUGAAGACAUACAGUCAGAAAAAGAAUUAAAACCAUUAAACCUAUCUCAAAAAGAGAGUGCUACAUCAGGUUCUUUUGCCUCAGAAAAUACAAAUAUGUUCCCAUCUUCAAUAUUCAGAGGAAAUGUAGAAGAAAUAAUGCAGUCCUUACCAGAGCUUUCUUCUCAAGAGUGUUUUAACAGUAUUAUCAGUCCAAAAGAAUUGAAUUCAUUAGUGCAAUAUGACCAGAUGAAAAAAUGCCCAGAAGCCAUUUGUACUGAGAGAGAAUACAAAAGAAGCAGCAAAAUAUUUACUGGAGAAUUAGAAUGCCAAAUAGAAACCACUGAUGUUCUGGUGUACAAAACGUCUUCUGAUCUUUGUGCGGGACACUCGGAUAACUCUGUGGCGAUAAUUGAGGAUGGUGUAAAUCUUUUAGGGCAUUCUAACCAACCCCUAUGGGAGAAUCCUCAUUAUGGGGAAGAUAGUUCCACACGAUACAAUAUUAAUUCUUACAUUUCUGAAUACUCUGCUAGUCUCUUGAACAGUUCAGCUACACUGUCAAAUGUGGUAUUAGAAUGUCCUAUAGACAAAUGCAACGCUGACCUUUUUUAUUUAGAGGAAAGAAAAGUUUUUGAUCUCCCUGUGUUACCUGUAGGUGAUUAUGCUGUACACCAACAAGAUGGCAAAAGUACAAAAAAUACUCAAGGAGUAGUAGAAGUGUAUCAAACGGAAAUACAAGGCCAAGAUUCUUCCUGCAAAUGUCUGUAUAACCAAGAUGAUAAUGUGUUUUUACAACCUGAGAACUUUGUGGAAAGGACAGAAAUAUGUUUGCAAGACAGAAGCUUGCUCGCUCAUCAAAGUUCAGAAGAAAUAAGCAAUGAUGAAGCAAUACCACCUCCUUUAUGCUCUAUUGAAGAUUUUCCCACUUGUACAGUGUUUAAAAAAGCAAGUACUCUUGACUCCCCAAGAUUACCAAAAGGCUCCCUAUCUUCUAUAUGUAGUCAGUUUGCUGAUACUCAGCAAGAUGCUUUUUUAACUCCUCAUUUGUCUUCUGUUUUUCGAGUACAAGAAAGUCAAGGGUUUUGUCAUCAAGCUGUUCUAAAUGUCCCUUGCUCAUCUUCAGAAACUUCUCUUAGUCUCAACGUGAGUAACAGUGAAAUUGAAAGACAUGGUAUUCUACAUGACGCAGUUACAUCAAGUUGUCCCACACUUACUACCAGUCAGAUAGAAGAAAGUCAGUGUGAUGAUACUGUGAUAUUUGACCAGCAGCCAUGUGCUUCAGAAACCAUUUCUCUUUCUUUUGCAAAAGAAAAUGGAUACCUUCCAAUAUCUGAUUCUGAAUCUGACUCUCAGAGAAUCUCGAUUGUUGAUGGCAAUGGAUUGCAUACAUAUACAUCUGAAAAAUCUCACCAUGAAAUGUAUCAAGAGCCCAGGGAUGCAGUUCCACUGAAAAAAAGAUACUUAGAAGACAUUGGCAAAAAUUUGCAUCACAUUUUAAAUUCAAGUAUUGACCUCCAAGAUCAAAAUACAUCAUAUUUAAAUAGCAAGGUUGAUAUAACAACUGUCCCUACCACGAAUACAAAUAAUUAUAGUAUAACGGAAUAUAAGGACAUGACGAGUGAGAAAGAAUUUUUGACAUCAGAACAGCCAAACCUUUCCGUAAUAAAUGACAGCAUGUCUUCUAAGUAUUUAUCAGGAAACAGCUCUUUAUCUUUGCAAGAAGAACCUGAACUAGAGAUACUGAGGAAUGAAAAAUUAGUUUUCACUUCACAUAAUACAAAGAGCAACAAAGUCGGGCAACGGCCAAGUCUGCAAAGUCAUAGUUUAUCAGCACCAGCUAUUAUUGUAAUGUCUAAUUUUGAAUGUCCUUCAGAAACUUCUUCUAAGGUAGACAUUUCUGUAAAUCCUGCCUCCAAGUCAUUGCAAGAGCUAAAUAUGAGUGUUGAGCCUCCAUCUCCAACUGAAGAUGACCUGCACAGAACUGGAAGCUUUUCAAAAUUAAAGGCAGACAGUGUUGUGCCAGUGAAACACAAACCCAGAUUUCAAAAAAAAUCAGUCCAAGCCCAGAGAUCUAGUACAUAUGAUAAAAGAAACUAUAUGGAGAGAACUCAGGGCAGUCGCUCCUCAGAAGACUCCCCUGUUCACUAUCCCAUAGCUGUUGCCCACACAAUGAACAAUCUUGUGAAUUCAGAAACAGGCAAGCACUCACAGAACAUUUCUUCAAUAAAUGGAUGCAACAUGGACACAAGGUAUCAAAUGGAGACAACAGGUGGACUACCAAAGGACAAUAAAGAUGCAAUCCACUUUAGUUCAAGUGAUAUCAACCCAUAUAUUCGCCCAUGGCAACAAGAUGAACACUGCAACAUUGGUUGGAAACAGUAUGUUUUUGGAAGUGCAAGUGAUGUCUCUAGUAACCCCCCUCCACUGAGCUUGGAUCAUCAAACAGUUAUGAGAUGCUCCAGUGUGGAUAAUGGUUUGAAUUCUCAGAACUCCCCUUUCCAUUCUCAUCUCAGUUCUUAUGCUAAUACAAGAAUUUUGUCCAGCACUAUAAGUAGCACAGAUGAUCUCCAAGGAUGGGAUGUUGCAAGAGAAGGUUUUGAAUCUACACAUUCAGAUGAAAGUGGCAAGCAUUAUACAAAUGUUUCUCACAACGACCUUGAGACUACACCAGAAAACUGUAUUUCCAGAAGCGAGAAUCACUCUAAGCAAUAUGGGAAUGCUUCCAUGCAAGUUGAUGAAAUUGUUCUACUCUACCCAUCUGAAUCAGAAGUAUCCUCCAGUAAAUCACAGGGGCUACUCACGUGUGAACGUGAAACACAAACAGAGGCUCCAGCAAGGCAUAAAAGACAGAAGCGGCAUCGCCGAAGCUACACAGAUAUGUCUACAAGAAAACCUGAGGCUAGUAGGUCAUUACAACAGCCAUCGUCUUGGUCAAGUGUGCAGAAUCUGUCCUUGCAUCUUUCCCAGCUCCUUCACAACACUUCUGAGCUGCUAGGAAACCUGUCCCUACAGACCGUUAAAGAUAAUGAACCAAGUGAGCAGAAAAUAAUUGAUGAAGAAAGAACAAGAGCUAUGAUGUCUGACAGCUGUACACAAACAACAGAAGACAUAGGCAUUCAGACAGAUACUUUAGGGUCCCUGAAAAGCAAGAACAACGAAAGCCAACUCAAAACUGAGGAAAGGCAUGAAUUAAUGAAGUCUCAGGAGGUAAAUGUUAUUGUAAAGGUAGUGCAUUCAGAUUCUGUAGCUCUGAUGAAGGAGAAAAUGUCAGAGAGCAAGGGAAAGAAACUGCAGAGCAUGCCUAACAUAAAAAACCAUAUUGGUGAUUCUCCAGAAGAUUUUUCUAUAUCUCAGCCUAACUUCAGUGAAGCUGCCAGUCCUUCAUUAAAAGGGCACAAAACACAAUUAAAUGCUCCUUCAGCCCUUGCACUUGGCGCUCCCAAAGUUUCACCUGUUACAUCACCUUCGUUGGGUUCUAAAGAUGAGGAGUCUUCAUGUACUGUAGUUAGUAGCCCUGUCUCUAGCAUCUUUCUGCCUCCAGCGUGCUACUCUCAGGAUAAGAAACCUGUUGGUAAAAUUGGUAUUCCAGAAACAAGGGAAUUAUAUUGUAAAAACAAUUUGUUAGUAGACCGAGCCUCUUCUCCAAUUUUAACACUUAGUGCCAGUUCAGCCUGCCAGCAGCAUGAGUUAAGCAAGUCCAUUUGUUCUUUCAAAGGAACUGUUAGGCAUCAGAAAGAUACAACAAAUUCAGUAAACAGAAAGAAAGAAGAAAAGAAGGCAUCGGAUCCAUGGUACAACUUGGAUUCUCGGGAGCUGCAAAUAGACACUUCUUCACAAACUGAGAUGGACAGUGAGUCUACCACAUCUGGAGAAUGCAAGGAAAUGUGCAAAGUGGCUGGAAAUGUCUCUGAUCAACACACAACCAAAGAGCUUUCAGGAAAAGGUGCUUCAAAACAAGAACACAAAUUUACCAUUGAUACACACACUGCAAUUCACACCAAAAGACUCUAUCACUCAAGUAGUACUUUAGAACUUUCUAGCCAUGGGGAAUACUUGCUUGAUAAUCACAGAGAGACUGUUCCACUGGAACGUUCAUUUCGUCAGAUGCGUGCCACCCGAAGGGCAAGAAAUCUUUCAGGAGGAAUCAAAUAUGAGAGCCCCACUGGCAAUUCUGACUCCUCACCAACUAAAAAGCCCUUUCGGGCACCUUUAAAUGAGCAUUAUAGAGCUUCGUCAUUGAAUUCCAAUGAAUCUCCAGAAUGUUUGCAUGGUUCUUUUUCUCCACAGUGCCACCAGGCUUGGAGAAACAAAAAGGGCUGCCCUUUUCCAGUGUCUGAAACGAGUGAUGUUCAAGAUGAUGAUGAUGAUGAUGAUGAUGAUGAUGAUGCAGUAUCUGAUACUGAAAGUGAGUGUAAUACUGAAAUUCUACUAAAUGAGAAUACCUCCUUAGUAAAGACUCACAGGCUUAGAAGCUAUAGUCUGCGUGACCUUCCUCUGCACAAUAAAUUCAGCAACUGGUGUGGUGUGAAGGGUGGUCCGCACUCUUCUUUAACUAGCCUGACUCGAAGUACUGGUGAUAUCCAUAGCCAGGCAGAAAAGAGAACUGUCAAUGCAACAAGAGCAUCUGAAAUAGAAGAAAGAUUCUUGCUUAGUGAAAGGAGAGCCAGAGAAAUAGAGAGACUGCGAAGAGAGCGUGCUCAGGUUAUGUCUGGCAUCCAUUUAGAGAUGAAUCAGCAUCCUCUUACUGUGGAACUCACUGAGGCAAAGCUAAAUUAUGGCAUUGGGGAAACAGAUGCACAACUGAAGAUUCUUCAGAGUGGAGUUGCCGAGGAUUUGACAGCAGUGCCGAUAAAACAACAACUCUAUGAAAGGCACAGGAAAUCAAUUGAGAUAUUGAGAAAACAAAGGGAGGAGAGACUACAGUGUUUCAGAAGGAGCCGUAGUCUUAGUCCACAAAAGCAUCUUAGUCUUUUGCAGACAGUGGACACAAAUCAGAGAGAGCUGGAUCUCCCCAGCAGACGACGUGAAUACCUACAACGACUGAGAAGAGAUGUGGUGGAAACUACCAGAGUUCAAGAACCAAAAAUGAGGAUCCAGCAUCCUUCAGAGAUUGAGCUGCUGCUUCGAGAUUAUCAGAGGGCACGAGAGGAGACCAAAACUGAAAUUGCACGAGCCAGGGACAAGCUUCGGGAAAGAGCUGAACAAGAAAAAAGACGUAUUCGAGAACAAAUACUCUGUCAGCUACAAAAGGCAAAAACUAAGCUGAAGACCCUUGUAAGCACAAGCACUUUGUGUACAGAAUCCACCCUCAGUCUAUCUUCAGGACCGACAUCUGGAUACAACAGCAGUAAUACAGCUACUUACACUCCGAGUGUCCUUGGCAAACAAGGAAGUCAGACUUUUCCUGAAGAUGCAGAACGUUCAAGAGGAGAUGCAAGAGGCCGUACAGCUAUCAGAAAUAAUCACCUUUAUAUACUUGAGCAACUGCAAAAGGGUUCUAUUAGUGAGGCCUUUCCUAUGACCUCUUCGUCUAUGGAGAGGAGCAACAUCCAGCCAACACUUCCUUCCAGCCAUAAUUAUUGUCAUAGUCUAAUUGUUUCACCCAGCACCUUUUCAGUCUCUCAAGUGAAAGGCUAUGAGGAUUUGUCCAAACAUGUCUUGGCUAGCGCUACUGCAGAGGUUAUGGCAGUGUGUUCAAAUGAUUUGAGGAAUCUUUACAACGGCCAGGCAACAGCUGGUUGGAAAUACCAAUGUGUGGAAAGGGAUGUAUUAGUUUAUUAUAAAGCCUUCUCAUCAUCUGCAACUAAGCAUGGGUUCCUGGGAGCAGGAGUGAUCAACAAGCCACUUCCCACUGUAUUGUGUAUGCUGAAGGACCCUAGUAAAAGGCAUCUGUAUGACAAAACCAUUACGCUAGCUCAAGUGCAUAAGAAAAUAACCAGCAGUAUAGAGUUGGUAUAUGUGGUGAGUGAUGUUUCUCUGUGUUACCAAAAACAACCAAGGGAUUUCUGCUGCAUCUGUGUAGAAGCUAAAGAGGAGAAUGUAUCCAUCCUGGCUCUUCAAUCUGUGUAUGAAGAAUCAAUGCCUCGUCCAUGUAAAGAAAUAGUACGAGGAGAGAUUUUGCCCAGUGCUUGGAUAUUAGAACCAGAUACAGUGAAUGGAAGAGACAUCACUAAAGUCAUCUAUAUGGUACAGGUGGACCUUGGUGCCCCAGCCAUCCCUACAAGGCUUCUGAGUUCUGUUGCCAAGCGACAACCUCUGGUGAUUGCUAGGCUUGCUCACUUUCUCACAGGUUAAGCACUCACAGCACCUUGUUUCUGAAACAGCUUCGUUUGUGGGGAAAGUGUGAGUACCAGCAAGGUUGGUUUUCUAGCCAGCUUCAGAACUGAAGGCAAGACGUCCAAGAAACGUUAACUGGACCAUCACUAAGGAACAUUUGCUUUGGAUCUGUCCCUUGACUAAGGUGCUUUUCUGUUCAAUGUACAGAAACAGUGGUCCAGCAAGACUCCAUUUUGGAAACAAACAUUGAUAGAAGUCUGUGUUUUAAACCAUGUUUCAUGCAGUCAGACAAUUGGAAGACUGCUAGUGCAGUCAGAUGCAUAAUUAGGAGUAGCUGGUUUCUGGUGGAGUUUUUUAAGAAGCCUUUAAUCAUUGAAGCAAAACUACUGUAAUGUCCUUUCCAGAGUACCUGCUCAGAAGGGUUUUUGUAAAUAAAGUAAUCAUUGUAAUAAUUGUACAUAAUCGACUGGCUGAUUGGAGAAGCUUCCGAUGCCUCUCAAGGCAUUUAAAGGAGCUGCUGGAGCAAUAGCUCUUGCUAAUAUGCAUCAGCUAGUCACUACUUGACCUGAGCCAGAAACACAAACACAACUCAGGUAGAGACACAAUGUUCUACUACAGAAUCACUGCACCGCAGGCCUGAUUGCUUGAAACGGGAAAAUAUGAGCAGGCAGGGACAGUAGUUUACUGCACAUAUUAUACCACAACUGCCCUAUGAAUCAUGGAAUGGGGCUUCUAAUGCUGCACGAGGUGCAUCCAGUUGAUUCCCCCCCCCCACCUCUCUCAUUUGUUAGAUAGUUGGUUUUGAAGUCUUGAAUGAUCAAAGUUUAAGCUUAGUAGGCACUAAUGGCUUUGACCAUUCCAGGCUAACGCUGGUCUACGAAGAAGAAUCCCUUCUCUCACACACUCACUUAGGAGGUCCCACUCCUAACUCUUCCCCAUCAUGUUUAGCAGUAUUCCACCUGACCCAUUCCUCCUACUACACAACUGCACUUUUUGCAGUUCUAUUCCUCCUUAAGGUCUGGUUUGUUGUAACCAUCACAUUUGAUUAUAUCAAAUACAUUGCAUUUUAUAAAUUGUAACAUGUAUAAUAUUCUGAUCUUACUGAACUUGUAGAAUUAGCCCUCCCACCUGCUAUAAACUAGUGUCCAAAAGCAUGUUUGUCAUGUGGCAGGGUAGACAUUUGAUGAAGGUUGUUUCUAACAAUAGACAUACAAAUACAGUAGUAUAACUAUAGCAUUACUUAUAGCUGUUGCAUCAUUUUCUGCCACCCUGCUCUCAUUAAUUACAAGCCUGCUGCUUGAACUUAGUGCCUCACCGGCAAUGCUUUAUUGGAGCUGUUCACUGCUUCCAGCGUAUUUGCGGAUUUCCAUCUGAGUAAUGAGAAAUACCUGAUCAUGAGCUCCGUUUCUUCCCCUUGUUGCACUAAAGGUAAUUGAGUGAGGAUUACUGUGAGCUAAGGCUGUUGGAGGGCAGGGUAAAGAGUACACAACUGUUUGCAGACAUUGGUGUGUGAUAUAAGCAAGCUUAAAUAAUUGCUAUACCGUUAAAUGGCAGCCAGAGACUGGAUCAGAGGCUGUGCACUGGUAUCAAGACUUUUUCAUGGGUUGGAUCCCAGUCCAGGUUGAGAGUCCUACACUGCUGACUUUAGUACUUCAUAAAUAAUUUGUUUUAGCUGGAGCCUGUUCAGCACAACUAGAGCUACAAUCCUAUACACAUUUACUUGACAGCAUAUUCCACUGAACUGAUUAACUUGCAUUAAAUAUGGAUAGGAAUUAAUUGUUAAAUAUAAUGAAGGUAGUAGCUACCAGGAAAUCAAAGCACAGAAAUUCCCAUUGGUGAUUGAUAAAAGUUCAAUAAAGUAUGCCAAUAGUUUAUUGUACUACAAAAAUCCUGUGAAGUGGUUAAAAAGAUAUUUGCAGCACCCAGAACGCAGCCUUGUAUUCCUUCAAACGUAUUAUUAAGGAAUGGGGUGGGAUGUUGUAAACUACCAAAUUUUAUGCAAUGGCAUAAUUUAAUAGGGGUACAAGGGACCGAUUUUAGGAGAUAUUUCCAGUGAGCAUUGGCUAAAUAUUUGCUGAACAUUAGCUUGUUUUCCCCCUUUAUUUUUUGGACAUGGCACUGUUAAUGAACCAAAUGGUUUCAGCAGGAACAACAUCUAAGAUGGACUUUAGUCUUAACACAGAUGGUGCCUAUUGAAGGAUAAUGUCUUAUUGUACAGUGCAUCAGAUGUUUAUUUUUAUAAAUGCAUAUAGUUGUUUUUCUAUGUUUACAGAUUAAGUUAUUUAUAUAUACUUGUUUUGAGGUGGUUUUAUAUGCUGAAGCUUAUUAUUUUUACAGGUAUCAAUUAAUGUAUGCUUUUUAGAAAUAAUUGAUACUUUAAAAGUACUAUUUAUAUAAUAAACAUUUUCUUUUGCACCUAUAACACUAUGGUACCUGUGAAUGCCUAGAGCAAGAAGAAUAAUCUUAAAAUGGGGCAAAACUAUUUUCUGUGAAAUGUUUUAUUGAAUGUGGGAAGAAUACACCAUUUACUGUACCAUAUCUUUAGCCCAUAUCUGCUUUUAACCAAGAUUGCUAUUUUCAUAACUUCACAAUAAAUAAUUUUUUACAUUAAGGAAA